CAUCUCUUCUAUCGCGCGCCGGCAAGCGCACCUGCAACGUACCUUCAGUUCGCAAGCAUCGCUCCUUCUCAGGUAGCAUACACUAACAUUGACGCACUUUGCCUCGCAUUCAAAUCUUAGUGUCUUGUCUUCGCUUCUUCGUCGAUUUCCACCUGUACCUCGACCUCCCCGAGCGAAAAGUGAGUCCAGGCUAGGCCCAGCCGCUCCUUCUACUGCCUUACAGUGAUGGCUUCCUUCGUUGCUACCCACUGCGCUCAUGGCAAGCGCGCACGAAGGCCAAGCGGCGUCAUCAAGCUCCACGCAUCAAGCUCCACAAAACCAAGAUUCCAGCUCCGCAGUCUGGACAAAUUUUUCUGGUAUACGGCCGCAGAUGGCAUCACGCGACUUGCGACCUCAUCAGAUACCCCCGGAGUCGUCCCACUGCAGACCAACGCCUACACUUUUGCCCCCUCACAAUUCGCGCAUCAGCCCUACCCAUCUACUUUCCCACUCGGCGGUAUAUGGCCACCAGAAGAACUCCGAGACCUCGUAUGUGCCGUCGGAAAUGAGUAUGCAGACUGCGUCGGUGACGAAUGCUACACAGACACCAUCUGCGCAGAUGCCUUCUGUCACCAUACGCUCGAAAACUGGCAGAAGGCGACGCAGGGCUGGCAAGACUACUUCGAGUUGCGCAUGACUGAGAGCCGGGGCGUCGGCGUGUUCACGAAACAAGCUUUCAAGGAGGGCCACGUUCUUGGAUGGUAUGCGGGAGAGCUGAAAACCUUGGAUGACUGUAACGAAGGCGACUACGUUAUGGAGAUAGAAAUAGGGGAAAUUCCAGCGUUUGACGAACCUACCGAGGCCACGGUGUUCAUUGAUGGAGCAACGAGGGGCAAUUGGACGCGCUUCAUCAAUCACUCGUGCGAUGCAUAUGCCGUGUUCCGGGUACGUCGCGUUGGUAAUAUCAGAAUCAUGGGGGUGGAAGCGGUCAAGGAUGUGCCAGAGGGUGUGGAGCUAACUGUGAACUACGGGGAUGAAUAUUAUGGGCUACAGACAAAGAAGAUAUGUUGCUGCGGCGCUGAGAACUGCGUGGGGAAGGGCAGGAGGGCGAGGGGGGCCAGGAUCAAGAAGUGCAGGAGGCGCAACCCUCCGGACGUGUAA